AUGUCCACUCGGAUCAAGGCAUCUCCUAUCAUGAGCCGAGAGCUGAGAGAUUUCCUCACUGGUUAUGGUGUGUGUACCAGCCGAACUACCCCAUACAACCCUAGAGGAAAUGGUGAGUGCGAGCGCUACAACGGAAUAAUAUGGAAAACCAUUACUCUCGCUCUUAGGUCCAAGAACAUCGUAGAAACUAAUUGGGAGUCUGUGUUACCUGACGCACUUCAUUCUAUUCGGUCUCUGUUAUGUACUGCCACCAACAAAAGGCCUCAUCAAAAACUGUUCAACUUCCAACGCAGAUCAGCCCUUGGUAGUUCGAUGCCAACCUGUCUCUCCCCUCAUGGAUCAGACUUGCCACGAAGAUAUGUCAUGAACAGUAAGUACGACCCUCUGGUUGAUGAGGUUGAGCUGAACUGA